AUGUCGUCGCAUCUGAGAGUUCGCGCUGCGAACUGGAUUAUAUUGUUGGCAGCCUUGCUGUCUGUUUCUGGUGGAGUUAAGGCCAAGGAAGAUGUCUCUGUUCCCCGGCUCAUUACCCUUCAAGCCAGCAGUCCUGCUCCUGCUCCACCGCCCCAGGAAGUGAUCAUCGAACAGGAGUACGACCACCAUCACCACCAUCCGCCAGCGUAUCAGCCCAGCUAUCCGUACCCUCCAUCUCAGCCGCAACACUGUCAGUGUCCACCGGGACCUCCAGGACCGCCUGGUCCACCUGGACAACCUGGACAGAAGGGCUACCCCGGACCAAAGGGAUCCAAGGGCGAACCCGGAGAGAAGGGUCCCAGGGGAGACAAGGGCUACCCCGGAAUGCCUGGACUUCCGGGUCCGCAGGGUCCUCCUGGAUAUCCUGGAGGAUCGUAUCCUACCCCCCCGUACCCAUACCCACCACCUCCUCCGCCCCCACAAGUUGGACCAGGACCAGGACCACGGCCUGGAAACGGAAACGGAGGUAAUGGAGGCGGUCCAGUAGGACCCCCAAGGUACUACGAUCCUUACUAUUAUGACGAGGACGGUGACUACGGAAAUGAGCGAUCAUUUAGCCUUUUGGAUGACGAUCACAGUGGCCAACCCAUCAUCUUGGCCUUUAGUCAUCAUAGGAAUCCAUUCACCACAAAAUCCAAUAAAAGACGAAAUUAAAAAAGUAAUAAUAUAUGAAGACUGGGAUAUAUGUUUAGUGAGGAAAUGAGAAGUAAAUAGGCUCUAUAAAAUUAGGAUAUGUUAAUGAUCAAGAAAAUGCUGAACAAAAAAAAACGAAAUUAG